UUGUAUCAUAAUUAUCAUAAUAUCAAUAUUCUAUGAUUGACAUUUGUGGAGUGGUGUUUACAAAACAAAUUGAAACUUUCGCAAAAGUAUCAAUUUUAUUCUAAUUUAGUUUAACAUAAAAUGUCUGUUAUAGUUAUAGCAAUAGCAUCGGAAAGUGGCGUACCUAUUUUUUCUAAGAAAGCUGGCAACAAUGAAAAUAUCCAGUUUUCUACAAUAGCUUCCCUACAUGGGAUUAACAUGUUUACAAAAUGUCACAACCUGCAAAUGAUCAAUACUCUAGUUGAUAAUGGAACAAUACUGUGGAAAGAAUAUUGUAAAAGUGUCACAUUAAUUGGAAUUGCGACUGGGGGGCUUGAGUGUGAUUUAGAACUCCUUCUAUCUUGCAUUCACGAUGUCAUGGUUUUUUGCAUUGGUAAGAAAGAAUUGGAAAACUUGAAGAAUUUAGACCAAAUAAAGAGGGAUCUGAGACAAUGUUAUCCAAUAUUGGAUUAUUUAUUGGAGUCUUUAGAUCCAAAUUUGGUACCUCGAUCAACAAUUGUUCUGGAUUUUAUUCAGAGCAUCUUGUGUCCCCAGGCACAACAAUUACAGCAAGUAUUAGACAAUUAUGCACAAAGUGUGACUGGAAGAUGGGCAUGCCUGACAAUACAUGGACACUUAGUAGCUACAAGUUCCGAUUUCUGUGAACUGGAUCCAAGAGAAACAAGGUUACUGUUAUUACUUGCUGCAGCACAAGAUGGGGCCCCAUUGAGGGAUACAUUAGUAUAUUUGCAGCACAUGAGUCCUAAUGUAGCAUUCAGAGCAGUAACAUGCAAGUUAUUGGCAGAUGUUUAUGUUUUGGUGAUUUGCGGAGCAACACCUGCUUUGUCACAGAUAGACGAGUUAGUUCUGCAAGUCUGGGAGGGCUAUGCACAGGUUAUAAAGGAAGCUAAACUGGUUUACCCAAGGAACUUUCCCUUGAGCGUAAAUUUUGAUACAGCUUUAUUGGGAUUACUCGUGAUAAAUGUCAGUAAAAGACGCUGCGUGUUUUCGCGGCACCUCCACUCCAACCAGAAAAGCAGAGCCAUGUCCGGCGUGCACAGAAUUGAUAUUCUUAGAACGUUCUACGUGACCACCGCGAAAGAUUUGGCACCGGAGUUGAAACUUGCGGAAGGGGAUGAAAAAGAAACAGAUGCCGCUGUCAGUGAGACAUACUGGUGCUCGGAAUACCAUAAAUGUCACGCUCAGAGAGCCGGAAAUCUACUAUGUUGUGCACUGUAUGCGCCCACCGUACCAACGCAUACAAUGAGGUUAUUAACCAGUCAAAUACUCCAGGACUUGUCAACAAAUAAAGAGAUUUAUUGGUGACCUAGAUUAAUUUGGUCUACUAGAUCUAAGCGAAAGGUUCGGGGGCCUAAAGUGGGGACAGCGUGAGUCCUUAAAAUGUCCUGCGAAAGGAUUUUCCACCCGCACUACCGAUUUUAGGAUUUGCAGGUUCCUCUGCUUUGCGGCGAACUGUUUGUUGGAAAUAAUUAAAAGUAUGUAACCCUUUUAACGAACGAUUUACGUCAUUAAAAACUUUCUUUGGAUAUUUCGCUCAAUUUAAUAGCAAAUAACGGGAUUCUCCAUGCAAAUGUAUUUCCCCCGUUUUCUCCGUGGAUAAUGCUUCUAGAGCAAUAUUCAUCUUUUCUGUCGAGAGGACUCAAAGACAAUUAUGAAAAGAAAAAACUUGAAAGAAAGUAAAAGAAACCUAGCCGUAAUCUUUCAACAAAUUUUGGAUGAGAAUACACGGAAAUACGAAAAGUCAAUCUCGUCAAAUUUUUAUGGGUAAAAUCAGAGCGACUGACUUGCAUUUGUCCCUACUCCCAUCGCACUCUACGGUGGAAGACAAGAGAAAUUCACAAAUCAUACGUUUGCCUUAGCGCGCGUAAUAGUCGCGUCUCAACGAACUUUCUUCGAUCGAUUCGAGAUAUGUUAGUUAAGUAAUAGAUAGCUUAACUAUUGCUAUCGGAACAAAUCCGUCCAGAAUAUUGUGAUUGUGUAAAUAAAUGAAAAUAAAUUUUAAUUAAAAACA